AUGCCCGACCCGUUCUUCGCCUCGGACAAGAAGAGGAAGCGCUCUCGCCCAGGGGGCUCGGGCGGUGCCAACCGCAUGCCCCGCGUGUCCAAGGGCCGCGUCCAGGCUGCCCGCGAUGAGGAGCUGGACCACAGCGACAUUGAGGGAGGCGACAUUGACGACAUGGACUUUCAGCGCGACCGCCAACCUGUCGCCCUGGACGACGACGAGUUUGUCGAUGCCAACGAGACUGCUGCCGAGAAGCGUGUCCGUCUUGCGCGUGGAUACCUCGACAAGGUCCGCCAAGAUGUUGCCGAGGAGCGGGCAGAGAACGACUACGAUGCGGCGGAGAUUGAUCGCGAGCUCAUUGCAUCGCGCCUGAGGCAGGAGGUUGACGAGGCGGAGGGCCGCAUCCACCGGUUUUACUCGACGGCUUCGGCAUCGUCAACGCGGUUCAAGACUAUCCAGCAUGUCCCCACCUCAGUGGCUAUGACGGCUACAGGAGUGGUCUACUUGUCUACCAAGUCGGGCCAGGUGCUCCGCUUUGACCGUGGGACUCUGAAGAACGCGCCAGUCAAGGCAGGAGAGGAAGGUGGUCACAAGGGCCCGAUCCUGUCCAUUGCUGCCAGUGAGGACGGCAAGUGGCUGGUGACUGGUGGACAGGACAAGAUUGUUGGCGUGUGGGACAUGAGUGGUGAGGAGAGCAAGUGGGUGGCCGGUAUGCGGGGACACAAGGAUGCGGUUUCGUCUGUCGUCUUCCCUCCCCUGUCCAACCCGUCGGCGCACAUUCUCACCGCAUCGCUCGGACGACACCUUACUCUUCACUCGUUGGCGACGCUGUCUGCCAUCGACACCUUUUUCGGUCACCAGGACAGCAUCAACUCUGUGUCGGCCCUGAAGCCAACUGCGGCAGUGACGGCUGGUAGCCGCGACAGGACAUGUCGUUGGUGGAAGGUCGAGGAGGAGGUGCAGCUUGUGCUCCGCGGUGGAGGCAAGACACGCACCGACGAGGGCAGCUGGGUCGAGGGCAGCGUCGACGUCGUGUGCACCCUCGACGACAGCCACUUUGUCUCUGGUGGCGACACUGGCACCAUUGCGCUCUGGAGCACGGGCAAGAAGAAGCCCAUCUUUUCCCUCGUGCUCGCCCACGGCCUCGAUACCGAGGGCCACAACAUUCUCCCCUCCACCGCCAAGCCCAGCCCGCGCUGGAUCACCUCGCUCGCAUCUAUCCGAGGCACCAACCUGUUCGCAUCGGGCUCGUGGGACGGCAGGAUACGCCUGUGGGCUAUUGACCCCCAACUCCGGUCGUUCAAGCCCGCCGGUGAGGUUGAGGUCGAGGGUUUCGUCAACGGCAUCCAGAUUCUCUCGCUGCCCGAGGGCACCGUUCUCACCGCUGCACUUGGCCGUGAGCCCCGUCUGGGAAGGUGGAUCAACCUCAAGGGUGUCAAGAACGGUCUGUUGACCACCGCCCUCGAGCUCGAGACUGCCGCCGACGACGCUUAG